AUGACCAAGUCGCUGCUCACCCCGUCUUUCUGGUCUCCUGUGGCGAGAACAUCAACGGAAGCAGUAAACCGACCACACGACUGGAAUGUCUUGUCGCGUCCUCACGCUUCAUCCACGAUUACCAGCGAGCCAAUGUCCAAGAUACUGGUCACUCCGAUAUUCUAUUCUUCUGUGACUGCAACGAAACCGGCCGUAGAGAAUGAGUUGGAUAACUUUACAGAGACAACAACGUCAAGCUCCAGCGCAGCUCCUUCGUCGCCGACGCUGUUGACCCUGUCUUCCGCUACUGAAUCAACACCUGGAUACAAUUCUCCGACUGUCACUACCCCCGUUCGCUCAAACUCAACCUCUCCAACCACGAGAUGCCGGUCGCGAAGAGCUAAACUGCUACUGAUCCCAGCGUUGCCAGCCCGCAUGAGUGCACCAUCUCAACUCCUUCAAACAUCGUCACCUCAUCUUCCACAGAUUGCCAGACACCAAAGCUCCUCACCCCAGCCUUCGUGUCUUCACAAGAAGCAAUUGCCGCCCCAACUCACCGUCGUCGCCGUCUUCCAGUCUUCUGUAGGAUUACAUCUCGCUUCGAAUAGGCAAUAG